AUGACUGAAGGUAUGCCAUUCACAGUACCCUCUACUGCUGUCUUACUCAUAAACACGGCUGACUUGACCGUCGGAGUUAUUCCGGGGACUGGAGUCCCUCUGGUAUUUCCCUUCUCAGGUGAACCCGUGCAGAUCGUUCUUUCCUUCGCAUCUAGGUCCCCCCAGCUCGGAUCGCUGCAGCUCAGCUCGGACUGCGUUCUUGGCGGUCGCAUCACUCUGCGAUCUAGAAGUAUUAUCAUGCAUCAUCCACAAGCAUACAAACUAUCAAUUAGAGCAGUAAUUGGGAUGAGAAUAUUUUGGGGACUUAUGAAUGAUGGGAAAGUUAACACAAUGACGAGGAACUGUCUUAUCAAUCCAUUAGAGGUUCUUUUCUUCCAUUUUCAGCUUUACGAUAAGGUGAAGAGGCUUAGACGUUGUAGGUUUGAAAAGCUUCAGGAAGAUGCCUUGACUUAUGCUUUCUUUAUGAAAGCUUUAGACAUGGUAUCUGCAGCCAGUGCAGCUCAGACUACGUUCUGGUGGGUUCCUAAUAGCUUCUCUAUUUUGCUGGGGACUGCCAAGCAAUUAGAUUCAUUUCUGUACCACAACAGUGGUAUCAGAGCUCGAUCACGAGCCAUAGGGAUGACAAAAAAUCAGGAUGAAGCGUUGAGGAGAGACGUGGUGGAGCUAGGAAGUGUGGUCAGGACUUUUUCCAACAAAAAUGAUGGAAUGGAACAGGCCAUCAGGACAAUGGAAUUCAGACAGGAUGCUACUGAAAAGCUGCUCAAAGGAUUGGAUCAAAAGUAUGAAGGGAUGAUGAAUAUGAUGGCUCAAUUAAUGGCCAAAGUUAGCGAUCGAGGAAAGGAGCUGGAAGGAAGUAGCAGCUCAAAGGGAGAGGAUAGGCCAAACGAGUCCAGGAUAGAUUUACAGAAGGAAACAGUCAGUAAAAGAGAUAACAGAAUUAGUGGAAGACUGCCUAAAAUGGAUUUGCCAAUUUUCGAGGGGAUUAACCCCAGAGAGUGGAUCAGGAAGGCUGAUAAAUAUUUCAAAAUAUAUGAGAUAGAGGAGAACAUGAAAGCUGAGGUAGCUGAACUCUAUUUCAGGGACAGAGCUGAUAUCUGGUUCCAUGGGAGAGAGACCAUUUCCUGGACAGAGUUGUCUACUGCUAUGAGUAUCAGAUUUGGAGAGGGGAGUCCAGAGGAGGCCAUUGAAGAAUUCAACAAGUUGGUGCAGACUGGAUCCGUGGCUGACUACCUUGAAAAAUUUGAAAUGCUGAAAGCCCUGGUAAUGCCAUCCUUACCUCACUUAUCUGAUUCAUAUUACAAAGCAUGCUUCAUGAGUGGUCUAAAAGUGGAGAUAGUUAAUAUGGUUAAAAUGUCUAAACCUGAAACCUUAGCUGUUGCUAUUGAAUUAGCAAAACUCCAAGAGAAAAACCUUAAAGCUAUUCAGAGAAUGCAGAAACCUGCCACUACCAACUUCAGCAACCAUAGACCUCCCACUAAAAUAACCCCAGCCCUCAGAUGGAACCAAAACCACCCAAAACACCCCAACCAGAACCAAGACCAGAAAACAUCCAACCAGAACCAAUUCAAAAGAAUAUCACCUACAGAAUUUAACCUGAGAAGGGAGAAGGGGCUAUGUUAUAAAUGUGCUGAACCCUAUACCAUGGGCCAUGUAUGCAAACAAUCACAUGUGCAUUUCCUAUUAGCUGAGGAGACUGAGACUAGGGAAGAGGCCAGAGAGCCAGAAGAGGAAGUUUACUGUGAUUGCAUUAAUGGGGAACUGACAGAUGAACACAUAGAAGUAUCUGUUCAUGCUUUGGCUGGGGGAACAAGUCAUAGGACUAUGAAAUUAAAGGGUCUGGUUAAAGGGAGACUGGUCACUGCAUUAGUAGAUAGUGGAAGUACCCACUGUUUUUUGGAUGAGCAACUGGCCAGGGAUCUUAAACUGGGCACUCAGGGACCAAACCUGGUUGUCAAUGCAGCUAAUGGAGAGAAGGUGGAUUCUAAGGGACUGGAUAAGCCCUUGCAGUGGGAAAUGCAGGGACACCAGUUCCAACAGGCCUUCAACACAUUAAGGUUGGGGGGUUGUGACAUGAUCCUUGGGGUAGAUUGGUUGGCCAAACAUAGUCCUAUAGAGUUCAAUUUCAGAGAACUCAGCAUGAAAAUCCACCAGGGGAGUCAGGAAGUGGAGCUAAAAGGGGAGGGUGUCAUCACCAAACUGAAAGGGCUCAAUGGAGGAAGGUUGGCAAAAUGGUUGAGGAAACAGUCAUAUGGGGUGGUGGCUCAGCUGGUGGCAGUAGAAGAGGAGGGAAGUGCAACACAGCUGCCUGCUGAGAUCAGACAGAUACUAGAGCAAUACAAGGAUGUCUUUGAGGAACCCAAGGGAAUGCCUCCAGUCAGGGGCCAUGAACACCAUAUUGACCUUAAGGAAGGAGCCAAGCCUUUUCAAGUAAGACAUUACAGGUGCCCCUACAUCCAAAAAAUAGAAAUCGAGAGACUGGUAAGGGAGAUGCUGGAACUAGGCAUCAUACAGCCUAGCAGUAGCCCCUUUGCCUCACCAGUACUACUAGUUAAGAAGAAAGAUGGGACAUGGAGGUUCUGUGUCGAUUACCGACAACUAAAUGAGCUUACAAUAAAAAACAAGUUUCCUAUGCCUCUGAUUGAAGAGUUGAUAGACGAAUUGCAUGGAGCCAAGUUUUUUACCAAAAUUGACCUGAGGGCAGGUUACUUUCAAAUCAGAGUCAAAGAGGAGGAUAUUUCAAAAACAGCUUUCAGAACUCACCAAGGGCUCUAUGAGUUCAAGGUUAUGCCAUUUGGCUUAACCAAUGCCCCAGCAACGUUUCAAAGCUUGAUGAACCAGGUCUUCCAAGAUCAGAUGAGGAAGCAUGUGCUGGUGUUUUUUGAUGAUAUCCUGGUCUACAGCUCAACAUUAGAGGAGCAUGUGAAACAUGUAGAGGAGGUGAUGAGUAUCUUAAGACAGCACCAGUUAUAUGCUAAAAUGAGCAAAUGCUCAUUUGCUCAACUGCAGGUAGAGUACCUGGGGCAUAUAAUAACAGCAGAAGGAGUUCAGGCUGAUCCCAGAAAGAUAGAAUGCAUGGAGAAAUGGCCCCACCCAACCAAUAUCAAACAGCUGAGGGGAUUUCUGGGAUUGACAGGAUAUUACAGAAGAUUUGUUAGAGGCUAUGGUGCCAUAGCAAGACCACUGACUGAUUUGUUGAAGAAGGACAACUUUCACUGGAAUGAAGACUCAGAACAGGCUUUCCAAACACUAAAGAAGGCCAUGUGUACCACCCCUGUUUUGGCAGUGCCAGAUUUCACUCAACCAUUCAUAAUUGAGACAGAUGCUUGCUACUCUGGCAUAGGGGCUGUACUCAUGCAAAACAAGAGACCAAUUUCCUACCUCAGUCAAGCUCUGGGGCAAAAGAACAUGGGACUAUCCAUCUAUGAGAAAGAAUUGCUAGCAUUGGUAACAGCAGUAACCAAAUGGAGGCACUACCUAGAGGGGCAUCAUUUCAUCAUACACACUGAUAAUCAGAGCUUAAAGUACUUAUUGGAUCAGAGGAUCACUACCCCUCUCCAGCAGAAAUGGCUCACUAAACUGCUAGGAUUGAGCUACAAAAUCCACUACAAGAAGGGAAGGGAUAACCUGGCUGCAGAUGCACUAUCCAGACAAGGCAGAGAAGAAGGGGGAGAGUGCACUGCCAUUUCCUGUGCAGAUGGUAUCCUCAGAUACAAGAAGAGACUAGCCAUAGGAGGACAAGGUGACACCAGGAAUAAACUCAUUACUGCACUACAUGACUCCCAACUGGGAGGUCAUUCAGGCAUCCAAGCUAGCUACCUGAGGGCCAAGCAGCUAUUUUACUGGCCAGGGAUGUACAGGGAAAUCAAGAAGGCAGUUCUAGAGUGUGACACCUGCAGAAGGUGCAAGGAUGAACAUGUAGCCUACCCAGGAUUACUACAGCCAUUCCCUAUUCCUCAAUACUCCUGGAGCCAUGUUACCAUGGACUUUAUUGAAGGGCUACCACAGUCUGAAGAAAAAGAUACCAUAAUGGUUGUAGUUGACAGAUUCACCAAAUACUCUCAUUUCAUCAGCUUGGCACAUCCUUUUGAUGCCCCUAAGGUGGCCAGACUUUUUAUUGACCAGGUCAGUAAACUUCAUGGAAUACCUCAAAGCAUGCUUUCAGACAGGGAUAAGAUAUUUGUAAGCCAAUUUUGGGGGGAAUUGUUCAGUAUGAUGGGGGCCAAACUAAAUUACAGCACAGCUUACCACCCUCAGACUGAUGGCCAGACUGAGAGGGUAAACCAGGUGCUCGAAAUGUACCUCAGGUGCCUAACUCAUGUAGAGCCUAAGAGAUGGAAUCAGUGGUUGUCCUUGGCAGAAUGGUGGUACAACACCUCGCACCACACAGCCAUUCAAAUGACUCCGUUUGAAGCAUUAUAUGGAUUCUCACCUCCACAACUGGCUCUAGGACCCUACCUACAGUCCAGGAUAGAUACAGUAGGAGAAUACCUCAGGGAAAGGCAGCAGUUGGAUAUCAUGUUGAAACAGAACCUGAAACAGGCUCAGGAAAGGAUGAAGAAGUAUGCUAAUGAAAGAAGGAGUGAGAGGGAGUUCAGUGUGGGAGAUUGGGUAUACCUACGGCUACAACCUUAUAGACAAAGUUCAGUGGCUCUGAGGGGAAACACUAAGCUGUCAGCAAGGUAUUUUGGCCCAUAUCAGGUAGAGAAAAGGAUUGGGGGGGUAGCAUACAGGUUGAGUUUGCCAAAAUCCUCCAGAGUUCACCCUGUCUUUCAUGUAUCUUUGCUCAAAAGGAAGGUGGGAAACAGAGUCACUCCUAUCCUCCAGUUGCCAGAGAUAAAUGAGAAGGGGCACUGGAGAGUGGAACCAGAGGCAGUUUUGAGCAGAAGGAUGGUAAAAAAGAAGAAUGCUGCAGUAACUCAGUGGCUGAUCCACUGGUGGGGAACAGACCCUGCAGAAGCCACCUGGGAGGAUGCUGAGGAGAUCAAGGCGCAGUUUCCUACGUUUCAAUCUUGA